AUGUCUGGGCCAUCAUCAACUGAGGCAGCGGCUGCUGCCGGUGUAUUCAAUCCUAAGCCAAUUCUUGAUAUAGACCCUUGGUUAGAACCUCAUGCCGAUGACCUUGCUCGUAGAUACUCUGUUGCUCAACAAUGGAUAAAACAGUUGAACGCUCAUGAGAACGGUCUUGUCAAGUUCUCUGAAGGGUACAAGUAUUAUGGUUUCAAUGUUGAUCGAGAAUCACAUACCAUCACCUAUCGUGAAUGGGCCCCCAAUGCCACCAAGGCAUUCUUGUUUGGUGAUUUCAACAAUUGGGAUAGACAAUCUCACCCAAUGAAGCAAGCUAACCCUUACGGUGUUUGGGAAAUCAUUCUUCCUCCUAAUUCCGACGGUUCUUAUGCUAUUCCUCAUAACUCAAAGGUCAAAAUCUUAAUGCAUUUACCUGGUGGCAACACAAUUGAUCGUAUUCCGGCUUGGAUUUCUCGAGUCACUCAGGAAAUAUCCGUAUCUCCUGUCUAUGACGGUAUCUUUUGGAAUCCACCUACACCAUAUAUCUGGAAGAAUUCUCCUCCAAAGUCCAAACCCGAAGGUAUUAAGGUAUAUGAGGCUCAUGUUGGUAUUUCGAGUCCUGAGGGACGUGUCGGUACUUAUAAGGAGUUCACAGCUAAUAUCCUGCCCCGUAUUCACAAACUGGGUUAUAACACUAUUCAAUUAAUGGCCAUCAUGGAACAUGCCUAUUAUGCCUCGUUUGGUUAUCAAGUGACAUCUUUCUUUGCUGCCUCAUCCAGAUAUGGUACUCCUGAAGAGUUGAAAGAGCUUAUUGACACUGCCCAUGGCCUUGGAAUCACUGUUCUAUUGGACGUUGUGCAUUCUCAUGCAUCCAAGAAUGUUUUGGAUGGCAUUAACGACUUUGAUGGUACUGAGUACCAAUAUUUCCAUUCUGGCGCCAAGGGAGAACACAGUCUGUGGGGAUCUCGUUUGUUCAAUUAUGGAAAGCAUGAAGUACUAAGAUUCUUACUAUCCAACUUGCGUUAUUAUAUUGAGGAGUAUCAGUUUGAUGGAUUCCGUUUCGACGGUGUUACUAGUGUUUUGUACACACAUCACGGUAUUGGCACUGGAUUCUCGGGUGGAUACCACGAAUAUUUUGGACCUGCUGUUGAUGAGGAAGGCAUUAACUAUUUGAUUCUUGCCAACACAAUGUUAAAAGAGCUAAAUCCAAACAUCAUCACCAUUGCUGAGGACGUCUCUGGUAUGCCUACACUCUGCUUGCCUACGACUAUUGGUGGAGUUGGUUUUGACUACAGACUGGCCAUGGCAGUUCCUGACAUGUGGAUCAAGCUUCUAAAAGAAAAGAGGGACGAGGAUUGGGAUAUAGGCAAUAUCUGCUUUACAUUGACCAACCGAAGACAUGGAGAGCUAACUAUUGCAUACGCAGAGUCUCAUGAUCAAGCUCUUGUUGGAGAUAAGACUCUAGCGUUCUGGCUUAUGGACAAGGAAAUGUAUACACAUAUGUCAGUACUUUCAGAACAAUCUGCCAUUGUUGAUAGAGGUAUCGCUUUACACAAGAUGAUCCGAUUCAUCACCCAUGCUUUAGGAGGAGAAGGAUACCUCAAUUUUGAGGGUAAUGAGUUUGGACACCCAGAAUGGCUCGACUUCCCUCGUGAAGGCAAUGGAAGCUCGUUUCAUUACUGCCGUCGUCAAUGGGGUCUUGUUGAUGACGAUUUGCUAAAAUAUAAGUUCUUGAAUGGAUGGGACGCUGCCAUGCAGAAUACCGAGACGACCUACAAAUGGCUCUCUGCUCCACAAGCUUACAUUUCGCUCAAGAAUGAGAAUGACAAGGUGAUUGCUUUUGAAAGAGCUGGUGUUCUGUUCGUCUUCAACUUCCACGCAACCCAGUCCUAUACAGACUAUCGAAUUGGUGUAGAUGUCCCUGGUAGUUACCGAAUAAUUCUUGAUACAGAUGAUACUGAAUUUGGAGGAUUUGGUCGCAUUGACCAUCAAGCAACCGAGUGUGUCACGACUGAUUUCCCUUGGAACAACAGAAAGAACUUUAUCCAGCUCUAUCUGCCUGCUCGUACUGCUGUCGCACUCGCCUUAAAAUAA